UCCCAGGCAGGACCUGCGGAACGACACAAAUGUACGUCUGCAGGACAAUCUGACAAUCAAUCUGAGAGAGAGAGAGAGAGAGAAAAGAUAUGCUGUUUUACAGAAUGAUAGGAGAAAAGUGAACGAGGGUGGAAAAGUAGGGAGACACGGGUGAAAGGUUUUCAAAUUUAUACUUUUGCAAAACCAUGUAUGAAAAUUGCGACUUACAGUACAGUGCUUUAUUUUAAAGCGGUGGUUCCCAAAGUGUGGGGCGUGCCCUAUAGGGGGGGCGCGAUGAACGAGGAAAAAAAACAAACUCUCAGGGAGCUGUUCAAGUUUUAACCCCAUUUUGCAUAGAGGCUUUAUUUUUAAAUGUAUUGAUGAUAUCAAAGUUGAAUAUUGUUACAAAUACAAAAAAAAGAAAUAUGUUUGAAAUAACACUGACAGCAAAGAAAACUCUUCUAGUAUAGAACUAAAAAAAAAAGCAUACCUAGGUGGGCCCCAUAUGGGGAAAAGGAGGGGAGACAAUAUGGGUCCCACAUGGGCAAACCCAUGUAGGGCCACCAUGGAAACUGCGAACAAACCCAUGUGAGACCCAUAUUGUCUGCCCUCCUUUUUCCCCAUAUGGGGCCCAACUAGGUAUGCUGGCUGGGGGGGCGGAGGAUUUUAUUGUAAUCCAUAGGGGGCCCAGAAGAAAAUCUUUUGGAGCCACUGCUUUAAAGGAACCUGCUACUCUUUUCAUAUCUUUACAAAGCUGGAUGACUUUACAGAAUGUUAUAUUUAAGGAACAACAACGUGUGUUGCAACUAUGCAGCGUUUUGUUUCUACUUUGGACGAACUGAAUUCCUAAGUUGAGCAAAUGAAAUAAACUAGCGUCCCAACUUGGACAGUUUGAGGUUUGGAGCAAUGUUGAGAUCCAGCCUGAGUCUUUAAACGGUGCAGCUCACAUUCUUACAGUUUCCAUCAAAAUGAGUCACCUGUGACUGUUUAAUUUAUGCAUAAAAUCCUGGGCAAAAAAAAAUGUUUCUAUUAGCUUGUUUUGCUAAUGCUAGAAGGGUUGGUCAUUGAGCAUAAAAAUUAGUAAUUAGCAUGUGUUUCCUUUUUAUGGUGAUUUAGCUGAUAUGCUAUGAGAGGGCUGGUAAAACAAGAGGGCACAACUUCCUUUCUUUUUCUUUUUUGCACAAGCUCAGUCGUGUCUUUAAAGCUUUGGUCCCCAAAUUUAUGCAAUAAUCAAUUUGAAAAGCUGCGUUUCUGCUCUCGUUGUCUCGUGUUAUUUUUAGUUUGCUGAUCUGAAACCUGUAAGCGUGACGAAAAACAAAACAUAAAAAAGGCAAAAAUAAUGAGAAGAAAUCCAUAAGGGGGGGGGGGGGGGAAAAUACUUUUUUUUACAGAUCUGUUGAUUUCUUAUUCGGUGAAAAGGGAAGUGAGCCGACAGCACUCAUUUUGAAGCUGCUCGGUCCUCCUUCGAGGCACAGCUGAUGAGGUGACCCCCUCAGUGCUGCUAGGCCAAAAAAAAGCUGCACAGUUAUGAACUGACACGUAACCACAGUGGGGCUGUGUGACACAGACCUCAGUAGUAAAAAUGCUCCCAGGCACCUCGUGCUGUUUCAAACCGCUGAUCGGCAGACAGACGAGCGCUUCCUGCUCCUUCGUAACUUCACGUCACCUUGGAAGUUAGCUCUGUUGUCUUCUGGGAAACCGUGACGCUGAAUCAGAUUCAAGAGUUUUGCAUAUAAAAUCAGAAGCUCUUUCAGGUGUGAUGCUCUUUAUUCAGUUUUUUUUUCUUUUUGUUGUUGUUUGUGUUUUUUUUUUUCUUUUUUCUUUUUCUACAGGCUGUCAGUGGAGAUCAAGUGAUACCGCAUAACGCGCCGGUGUUUUUUUUUUUUUUUUUUUUUUACCUAAAACUCGAAACAGGAAGCAGCUCGAGUGCGAGCUUCUUCAACUUCCCGUUGUAUUGUGUGACACAAUCGCCGGGGCUCUUCUCAGAGAGGGCCACGACUUUUGACUGCAGCUACGAUAGAGAAGAUAAAAUCCCCAAACCUGUUGCUUUCAAAAGCUAGCGACAUUUUUUUUUGUGUAUUUUUAUUUCGUACUCCGCUCCACUGAGCAAUGACUUUACUUCUGAGCUUUUUUACAUGUCUAAGAGCCAAGUUCUUCAACUGAAGCUGCAACAAAGAAGAAGCAGAGAAGCGGUGGGGAGCUGUGGAGCCAUGCCUCCACUUAAAAGUUCAGCCGCCUUCCACCAGCAGAGACGGGGCUUGGAUCGAGCUCAGACUGAGCACAAACAGAAGAUCAGGAGUGAGUCAGGGAGUCCCCAGGCCAUCAAGAUGCGGAUCUUGGAUGAGAAGUCUGCCAAACCACAGCUUCAAUCCAAACACGUUCAGCACAGAAACGUUCGCCUUGCUGACGACUCGAACAACAAGAUCGCCCACAGAGCGGGGCCCAUCCACAGAAACAUCCUGCCUGUGGGCGCUUGUUUCACACAGGCCGGCGUCACGCAGAGGCGUUUUCCGAAGCCCUCGGGGGGGAACUCGUCAUGCGACGAGGACAGUAAUGACAGCCUGUCUCCAUGUCAGUCAGAAGGCCGGGAGCGUCCUCUGGGCAUUCAGCCRUCAGCAGAGAGACCGGCCGGCAGCAGCCUCGCCUCUCCAACCCAGGUUCCUCCGUCAGCUCUUCCUUUUCAUCUCUCCUCCCCUCGUCCGAGCUCCUCUGCGCAGAAGACUUUUGGAGUCCCUCAAAUUAAAAGCCAGCGCCCCUCCACCCAGAAGCACAAGAAAGCCAAGGACAACGCACCAAAGGUAAAGAAGCUGAAGUACCAUCAGUACAUUCCUCCUGACAAGAAGGGAGAUGCCGGGCCUUUUCCCGAUCUGGACUCCUCCCACGCCAAGAUGCUCCAGCAGCAGCAGCUCUUCCUCCAGCUGCAGAUCCUCAGUCAACAGCAGCACAACUACCACGCCCCGCCGCCCGCGACACCCACGGAUCGGGUCCUCCCUCCUUCCUCUUCUCCGUCUGGCUUGAUCUCAUCUUCCUCCCCAUCUGACUCCUCUCCCCGCAUCCACAUCGGUCCAAGUUCUGGGACAAAAGUCUCAUCGCUCCGUCCGAAUCUGGACGAAAUGAAGGUCGCAGAACUGAAGUGUGAAUUGAAGCUGCGCAGAUUGCCCGUCUCUGGCACCAGGAAGGAUCUGAUUGAGAGGCUGAGGACGCACCAGGCACUCGGCCGAGGCAGUACAGCUUCUCCGACAGCAGGGGGAACCAGCGAGCCAGAGCUGGGAAGAACACGACCGUCUUCCAAAACAGGCGGCAGUUUCAGUGCAAGGGAACCGUCUCCUCAGCGGCUCGUCAGGUGUGACGGAGCCGUCAAGCCCUUCGACGGACCCAGCCUGCCGAACGGCGCGAAUCCGGAAAAAAUCGGCUUCAACUCUGACCCACUGGGAGAACUGAUGAGCUCUCCUGCCUCCAGCCUUCAGCCGCUCACCACGGCUCCAGUGUCUGCUGCCGUCAAACAGGAGCGCCGACGCUCCGGCCCGGCGCCUUGUCGCUUCUCCUUAAAGUCUACCUCUCUGCACGAUCGCAGCUCGGUCUGUUCCGCGGCCCCCACCAUUACCGCGGCAACUACUCCGGGGACUGUUGACAAAGACAGAAUGCUGCAGGAGAAAGAUAAGCAGAUUGCGGAGCUCACCAGGAUGCUGUUGCAGAAGAACAGGUUGGUGGAGGAGCUGAGAAUGCAGCUGGGAAACGGUAACCAAGACGCUCCGGAGGCGUGCGUUCUCAAAAGAGUGAAGGAGGAACCUCCCGACGGGUCAACAAGUCCUUCUCUGGUCGUCCUCCGUGAAAAGGAGGUUAUAACCAUCAAGAGGGAAACCGUGGAGGAAGAGAUGGCAUCCAAGAUGUCGCUGCAGUCACCUAGGCCAACUCAACAGACUCGCAGUCAGACGCAUCUUCAGCUCCAGCAGAAGCAGGUCUGCCUCCAGGACUCUGCUCGACAUCUGGCUCAGCAACAGGCCAUCGGUAGGCUGCUGCUGAUGCAGUGUAACACUAAGAAGCCGCAGCACGCCGCUCAAAGCGUCAACGGGGCGCCGGAAGCCCACCAAAAACCCCGUCCGCAGAAGCAAAGGAGAUCUCAGAAGCGGCACCUGCAGACGCAGCCACCGCAGUCUGAGCAGCGUCGCCCCCAGCUGGAGAAAACGAGGCUGGAGCGACAGGUUCUGCUGAGGGAACAAGAGAGCGUCGCCAAGAAGCACCAGCAGCAGAACAACAACCUGCAACCCGUCCAGAUGCAGAGCAGGAUGCAGCAGCAGCAGGAUCUUCUGAACAAUGACUCCCGCCCGGCCGUGGUCGGUGACAGCAAGAGGAAGCACAUCCUGAUUCCUUUGACCAAUCACAUUACAGGAGACCGAGGAAAGGCGUCAAAUCACAAUUUAUCUCAGUUCUUUAAAGCCACACCGUCAUUAAACGAGGAACGCCAGGAACGCCUGCAGGAAGCAGCAGCUCAUCGUCCGUCAGCGACACCCAGGCUGCAGUCUCCUCAAACGUGGAAAAGCUCCCCAUCACCUUUCUGUCAAACUGAGACGUUUCCAGGUCUGGACAUCACGUUGAGUCCUCUGUCGUCAGAUUCGGUCGAAACGGCAGCUUCGCCGUCUCACGAUAAACUGAGAGACAAGGAUUUCAUCGACACCAUCCUGCAGGCUGGAGAAACACCCGACGCACUGAAAGACACCAGAGACUUCUCGUUUUCUUCACCUUGCCUGUCACCGCUCCACCUCCUGUUGUCUCCACCCAACACCCCCAGCAGUGCUGUGCUACAACACGACUCUCCUCUGCAGCCCGGGCCCUGGACUCCAGCCAAAAGCUUGGAUCAGAAGCAGCACUUCGAUCUGUGUGGCGGCGGACGCCUGGAGGACUUUCUGGAAAGUGUCCCUGUGAAGCCUCUCCAAGGGGAGGAACCAGACGUCCUUCUCACUUUGCUUGAUGACCAAAUGAUGUGCCCCACCAGCGUCCUGGACACGGCCCCUGUGGAUUCCUCGGACACGGAGUGGAGCGCCGACGGUAAGGACUGGCUGGGCUUCCCCAUGGGAGGAGAGAGCGAAUGGGACCCAUCGGUCCCCCAAAGGCCCCAGAGUGUGUUCUCGGCAAACUUCCUGGACGGUUCCGACCUUCACAUGAACUGGGACUCCUGAAUGUAGCUGGAAAGUCAGGAAAGCAAUUCAAGAUGUAGCCUAUACCUGACGUUUCAGGAUUUAAGCCAAGAACAAAGUCUGUGUCAUUUCUCUUAAUUAUAAUCUCAAAACCGUUUUCACGUUGAUAUGUUUUGUUAACUUGAUAAAACUUCUCAGGCUGGUCCUACAGAUGAUAACCUAGUAGAUAGUUGGACACUGGAAAGAUUUCAAAGUCUUUAGCUCUGAUCAGUGGUGAGCACUGCUAGCUUAAAAGUUAGCUGCGCUAACCCUGAACUGCUACUAAUAAACAUUAGCUGCGCUCACGCUAAAGUGCUAAACCAGCAUAGUGUCUGGCAGAAGCUAAUGCUAAAGCAUUAAAGUCAGUAAUUGAGACAGGUACCAUGUGUCAGGUUGCGCUUCAAUAAGCAAUUCUCUGAAACAUGCCAGUCACUCGUGGUUUCAGUGUUAGAGUUGUUGAGUAUUGCUAACUCUGUUGCUGAUUUUGGCCAAUUCAGCAACAAUGAACGUUUGGCCAAUUUGGUCAAACAAAUUUUGGCCAAAGGAAAUUUUCUUUGCUUUCUGAUGGAUUUUUAAUGCCCUCUGAGUAAUCUUGAUUCACACCAAAGCCGUUUCAUGCGUCUGGUUUCCGUUCAAAGUCUAUGCGGAGGUGUGUCGCAGGCCCGUCGCAGCACGAUUUGAAGCGGUUGGAGCAUUUGAGCGUCCAACACGUCAACAACAACAGAAAACAACGGCUCGAGCGAUUUUGAUGUGUCCGACGUCUCUGACGUCCCCUCAUCACGCCCCAACGUAGACUGAAUGUAAACCAGACCCACCGGACGCAUAAAACUCAAGGCAUAGAAUAAAAUGUUAAGCGUCUGCAUUCAAAGUGUUACACGCGUUACACUUGAAGCGUUUGGACGCGUUAGGUGAGAACGCGGCGUUUUGCCGCACCGCGUUAAGGAUUUAAAACUAUAGGAGAGGAAACGGAAGUGCCGCGUAAGCAGUCUUCCAUUAGAGCAAUAAUAUCGACGUCUUCUUGAAAAAUUUUUAACAGACAACCAAACAGAUGUCAAAUUUUACUCCAGCAAAGAUUCACAAAACAUUAUUAAAUAAAUUAAAAAUUAGCACCUUAGAAUUUAUUUGGAAAAAUUAAUUCAGGAGAAGCUGACAUUAUUGGAGCCUUGCGAUAGGACUUUGCUCAGGAUGUACAUUGUAAAUGUACAGUUGAAUGACAUUAAAGUCUAUAAUUGUAUAAUUAAUUAUAAUUAUAACAUAAUUGUAAAGUCUGUAAUUGUAAUUGCAGAAACGCAAAAGUGCUGAGUGAAAACUGUUUGUCUGCUACAGGUGGAUUAGCAGGAGCGUGUCCAUCUACUCUCUCUGAUUCUUGUUAGUCAGGCUUCGACUUGAACCCAGAGUCUGUUGCUUCACACGGACAAAUGAGCUUCAAAUAUAAACUCCUUUUUCUGUUUACACUCAAGCAAUAAACACGUAAAGGGAGCCAAGAAAUAUCUUUGAAGUUUUUGCACAUUCCCAACAAAUGAAGGGUGUAGGAUUGAGCUAACCUUAAUUUUACGGAUCUCUUCUAAACAUUUGAGAUAUUUGUUGUGCAAGAUAUUCACACCAACUUCUUGUUAAAGGAUCAAAACUAAUAUAAGUUUUUUUUAAUGCAAAAUGUGAAGCCUACAGGUUUAUUUGUCUUGAUAUUGUGUGCCCAAAGCAUUGUAUUAUUCACACAAUAUUUAUUGGAAUUUUUUUAAAUGAUUAUUUUACACUAUAAUGAAGUUUGUGACCUAGCUUGAAUGUAACCACAAGGAAAUCUCACUACUCCGUGUUACGGGAGCAGCACAUACACGUUCGACACUGAAGCCUAAAUAUGUGUGACAUUUACACCACUGUAAAUGACUGUACUGUGUACUAAAUGUACUAUGAUGGUAGAAUAUUGCAUCAAUAAAUUCUUACUAAUGAAUGAA